AUGAUGUCCACCACCGAAGUCACGAAAGCUGAGGAAGCCCAAGCUCCAGACUUCAGCUGCCCGGAUCUCGUCACCUUCACUCCCCGACACUAUGGUGACUGGCGCGAUGAGUUUCACAAGAAUGGCUGUGUGGUUAUCAAGAAUGUUAUUAGCCCUGAGCGGGCUCAGUACUACCAAGAGAAGCAGAUCCAGUGGCUGAAGAACUUCGAGCUCGGAUUUGAUGAAAAUGACGAGAGCACUUGGACUGCGGAUCACUUGCCCGUUAGCUUCAAGGGAGGAAUGUACUUUGCAUAUGGCUCUCCCCAUGAGAAGAUGUCAUGGGAAGCUCGCACUGAGCCUGCCGUUAUUGAUAUCUUUGAAACCCUUUGGGAGACCAAGGAGCUUAUUUGCUCAUUCGAUGGAAUGAACAUCUCUAUGCCGCGACGAACCGACGUUCGUUGGAGCCCAUGGCCCCACUGCGAUCAGAACCCUGAGCGUAAAGGAAUGCAAGCAGUUCAGGGUCUCCUUAACUAUGCCCCCAAUGGUCCCAAGGACGGUGGGCUCAUGCUGAUGAAGGGAUCUGCUAAGCUCUUCGAUGAGUUCUUUGCCUAUAAGCGGGAGUCUUUCGAUCAUGAGGAUGCGCCACCCCCUGAAAUCAAAUUCAUGGACCUCUUCCUAUUCAGUGAGAAAGACGUGAAAUGGUUCCAGGAGCGAGGCUGUGAGCUGGUCAAGAUCAACAUGGAACCUGGUGACUUUGUCCUUUGGGACUCGCGCACUAUGCACUAUGCCUGCCUGCCAGAGGGUGAUCAGAUCCGCCAUGUGCAAUACAUCUGCAUGACUCCUCGUCGUUUUGCGACCCCAGAGACACUGGAGCUGAAGAAGGAGUGUUUCGAGAACUUUACUGGUACCACACACUGGCCUCACUGUAAUGUGCGUCCAGCUAAGGAGAAGCCCAUGCGUGAUGGAAAGGUUUGCCCCAAGGAUCGCAAUGAGCCGUUUGAGAAGCCCGAAGUUACAGAUACUGUUCUGAAAUUAGCUGGGGUCAAGGCUUAUUAG